AUGGGGCUUCUCUCAAACAGAGUUGAAAGGAGCAGCCUCAAACCGGGCGAUCACAUCUAUUCCUGGCGUGCCGCUUAUAUUUAUGCCCAUCAUGGGAUCUAUGUUGGGGAUGAUAAAGUUAUACAUUUCACGAGACGUGGCCAAGAAGUAGGAACAGGGACCGUGCUCGAUUUCCUUUUAGUAAGCUCUGGACCAAAUCGAUCUCAUGCACCUUGUCCCACCUGUGUUCCAGCAGAAGAAUCUGAAUGUCAUGGAAUGGUAUCAUCAUGUUUGAACUGCUUCCUUGCUGGUGGCAUUCUGUAUUGCUUCGAGUAUGCUGUAAGUCCUGUUAUAUUCCUUGCAAAAGCACGUGGAGGAACUUGUACUCUUGCAGUCUCGGAUCCUUAUGAUGAUGUUAUUCAUAGAGCAAAGUACCUGCUCGACAAUGGGUUCGGGUGCUAUAACAUAUUUAAGAAUAACUGCGAAGAUUUCGCUAUUUACUGCAAGACGGGAUUGCUUGUAUUGGAUCAAAAUACGUUGGGGCGAAGUGGACAGGCUGUAUCUAUCGUAGGUGGCCCCCUUGCGGCUAUCUUGUCUACACCACUUUGUUUUGUCACCAGUAAUGUUUAUGGGAUGGCAGCAACAGCAAUCGGAGCUUAUUGCGCCAGUCGCUAUUCUGCUGACAUUGGCAUGAGGAGGGAUGUAAUAAAAGUAUCUGUGGAGGAUCUGUCGAGGAGACUAGCGACAGGUAUGUUUCGAGUUGCUGAACCAAGUAUGCUACCUCUACCACAAGCUGCCAAUUAG